CAUUUAUCCGCUGAAUCUCUCCGAUGAGAGUAGCGCUCCGUACCGCUGUCUUCUAUUCAGCAACCUCCAGCGUCUCUUUCUCCCGUUCUCUCCCUCGAAACCCUCUCCUACCCCCUCUUCUUCCUUUCUCCUCACUCCUUCGCAGCUUCUCCGACUCCUCCGGUUCACUUCCGCCAAUGGUGAUGACCACUACUAAUGCCGCUGCAACUGCUGCUGCAGGAGGCGUAGAUGGCGACGGUGGCGGCUGCGGCGGCGGACAGGGACCAUCCAUUCCAUUCUCUUCUUCUAUGGAGACACAGUUUGAGUACUUCCGCGACCAGCUGGAAGAGUCCGGAAACGUCCGUGAGCUGAUCCGAUCAGUGGCGUCGGAGAUAGAGGCUGUUCUUCGGGUCAUGCAUGCGGACCUUCUGUUGGUGCACCAGUCCAUCCCUCCUCCAGAGGUGUUAAAGAAAGCUAAUGCUCAGAUUGGAGUGCUUAGGGGUCACUAUGGACGGCUCGCUGAGAUUCUUCGUGAGUGUCCUGGGCAGUAUUAUAGGUAUCAUUCUGAUUGGAGGAGCGAGACGCAGACAGCAGUUUCUUUGCUAGCUUUUUCACAUUGGCUGGGGACGGGAAGCCUACUCACACAUGCAGAAGCUGAGAAUAAGCUUGGAUUGGAUGCUUCAGAAUUUGGCCUGGACAUUGAAGACUAUCUUACAGGCCUGUGCUUUAUGUCCAAUGAAUUGCCCAGAUAUGUGGUCAAUCAAGUCACUGCUGGUGACUAUGACUGCCCGAGAAAUUUGCUGAAGUUUCUAACGGAGCUGCACUCAGCUUUUAGGAUGCUUAACCUUCGCAAUGACUUCCUGCGUAAGAAAUUUGACGGCAUGAAAUAUGAUUUGCGACGAGUCGAAGAAGUGUACUAUGAUGUGAAAAUCCGCGGCCUUGCUCCAACAGAAUCCAACCCAGAACCAAUUGCUUGAAGGCAGGUCAACAAUUCUUGCCUAUAUGUUUUCAGCUUAGGAACCUCUUGUGCCGUAUUCAUGGUGGGGGUGUCAAAUCUGUUUCGGGGGUCGAGUUCGAGUUUGACCCGACCCUAAUGCUAAACAUUUCAGAAAAUCAAACUCGAAUUCAACCACCCUCAACUUGGUGAACCGUACCCACUUUUGUAACAUGUUUAACAUAAAGCAUAAUAGCUAUUUGGGUCAACAUUGGGUCAAUUUUUAGUUGGCGGAUCUAUUCUAAGUCAAUUUUGGGCUGUCAGGUCAACUCAAACUCAACUCGAAAAGUUAAACGGACUAGGAUUCCUAAUCUUAAGUCAACCCAAAAUUAUUCGGAUUAACACGAAUCCGGAUUUUUUUAGUCAAGUUCGAGUCGAGUUGGCAUGCCGGGUCACUUUCUUACACCCCUAAUUCAUGGAGUAAUCCUGGUUACCAUUCUUUAUGAAGAUGCAGAAAAAAUUUUCUCUGAUCAUUUUGCGGACUAAAUUUUGUUUAAAUUUUAUACAGAUCAAACAAAAAUCAUGCUAGCAAA